CCCUUUCAAAAACAUAAUUCAUCGCGUUUUCUUAAAAAAAUUAAACCCUUCUCUAAAAGAAACAUUUUUUUUUGUUCAAUAUAUAUCAUCACAUUUGUCAUUUGAAUUCAUGGGGUCAAACAAGAUCAAGAUUGGAAUUAAUGGAUUUGGAAGAAUUGGUAGAUUGGUAGCCAGAAUUGUUCUUCAAAGAGAUGAUGUUGAGCUUGUUGCUAUUAAUGAUCCUUUCAUUUCCACUGAUUACAUGACAUACAUGUUUAAGUAUGACUCUGUACAUGGACAAUGGAAGCACCAUGAAUUGAAGGUUCAGGAUUCAAACACCCUUCUUUUUGGUGAAAAAUCUGUCACUGUUUUUGCCUCUAGGAAUCCAGAAGAGAUCCCAUGGGGUGAAACAGGAGCUGAAUAUGUUGUUGAGUCUACUGGAGUUUUCACUGAUAAAGAAAAAGCUGCUGCUCAUUUGAAGGGUGGAGCUAAGAAAGUGGUAAUCUCUGCUCCAAGCAAAGAUGCACCAAUGUUUGUUGUUGGUGUCAAUGAGAAGGAAUACACACCCGAAACCGACAUUGUUUCCAAUGCUAGCUGCACUACCAACUGCCUUGCUCCCUUAGCCAAGGUUAUUAAUGACAGAUUUGGCAUUGUAGAGGGACUUAUGACCACUGUCCAUUCCAUCACUGCUACACAGAAAACGGUUGAUGGGCCAUCUGCUAAAGAUCGAAGGGGUGGAAGAGCGGCUUCCUUCAACAUCAUUCCUAGCAGCACUGGAGCUGCUAAGGCUGUGGGCAAGGUGCUUCCAUCAUUGAAUGGCAAGCUAACUGGAAUGUCAUUCCGUGUUCCAACUGUUGAUGUUUCGGUUGUUGAUCUCACUGUCAGGCUCGAAAAGGAUGCUUCUUAUGAUGAAAUAAAAGCUGCUAUCAAGGAAGAAUCUGAGGGCAACCUCAAAGGUAUCUUGGGUUACACCGAAGAUGAUGUUGUAUCCACAGAUUUUGUAGGUGAUAGCAGGUCAAGCAUCUUUGAUGCAAAAGCCGGUAUUGCUUUGAACAAGAACUUUGUUAAGUUGGUUUCUUGGUAUGACAAUGAAUGGGGAUACAGCUCUAGAGUGGUCGACUUGAUCGUGUACAUGGCUUCUGUCCAAGCUUGAUCUCCUUUUCUGGCUUAGCUUCAUCAUAAGUAAAUGGAGUGGAAUAGUUUUGUGGUUGCAUUGAUGUUUGUUCGAGUUUUGGAGUGAUCGAAAUGCGAAUAAUUUCAAGGCUUUUGCCUGUUUCCAUAGGAGAUGGAAUGCUAGUUCACAUAUAUCUUACAUAAGUUUUGAUGGAAGCUUAUGAACUUAGUUUGAUAUCGAUUGCACUUUUGCUUACUAGUGUCCUUUCAAUUUUUGUUCAAUUUAUAUUCGGUUGUGAUUUUGGCACUGGUAUGAAGCAUAUGAGACAACUUGCUUACUCGGUUGUUCUGUAAGAUGAUUCAAAGGCUAUCCAUACCUUUCUGAAGAUUUAAAUUAAAGUGGACAUUAAUAAAGAGACGGAGGGAGUAUUUCAUAUUUAAUUUGAUUAAGAAUAGAAAGAGUGUACGUCAUUGAUAGAAAGUCUUGUACUCCAUAUAACAUUGUAGAGUCUUAAGUUUCAACCUUCUAUAUAUGUAGAUUUGUCCGUCUCAAAA